AUGUCGGCCUACUGCGGAAAGUACAAGGAUGAGCUCAUCAAGAACGCCGCAUACAUUGGCACCCCUGGAAAGGGUAUCCUUGCUGCUGAUGAGUCCACGGGCACCAUUGGCAAGCGCCUUUCAAGCAUCAAUGUCGAGAACAUUGAGGAGAACCGCCGUGCCCUCCGUGAGCUGCUCUUUUGUGCCCCUGGUGCCCUCCAGUACCUCAGCGGUGUGAUCCUCUUCGAGGAGACCCUCUACCAGAAAACCAAGGAUGGCAAGCCCUUCGUCGAUGUCCUCAAUGAGGGAGGUGUGCUCCCUGGCAUCAAGGUUGACAAGGGCACCAUUGAGGUUGCUGGCACCAACAAGGAGACCACCACCCAGGGCCAUGAUGACCUUGGCAAGCGCUGCGCCAAGUACUACGAGGCUGGUGCCCGCUUUGCCAAGUGGCGUGCCGUCCUCAACAUCGGCCCUAACGAGCCAUCACAGCUUGCCAUUGACUUGAACGCCCAGGGUCUUGCUCGCUACGCCAUCAUCUGCCAGGAGAACGGUCUGGUGCCAAUUGUUGAGCCUGAGAUCCUCGUCGAUGGGCCACAUGACAUUGAGCGCUGUGCCUAUGUCACGGAGAUUGUCCUUGCUGCCUGCUACAAGGCCCUCAACGAGCACCAUGUCCUCCUUGAGGGUACCCUCCUGAAGCCCAACAUGGUCACCCCCGGCUCCGACUCCAAGAAGGUGGCUCCUGAGGUGAUUGCCGAGUACACUGUCCGUGCCCUCCAGAGGACUGUCCCUGCUGCUGUGCCCGCCAUCGUCUUCCUCUCUGGUGGACAGAGUGAGGAGGAGGCCACCCUAAACCUGAACGCCAUGAACAAGCUCAACACCAAGAAGCCGUGGUCCCUAUCCUUCUCGUUCGGCCGUGCCCUUCAGGCGAGCACCCUCAAGGCCUGGGCUGGCAAGGAGGAGAAUGUGGAGAAGGCCAGGGCUGCCUUCCUCACCAGGUGCAAGGCCAACUCAGAGGCCACCCUCGGCACAUACAAGGGUGACGCUGCUGCCGGCGAGGGUGUCUCGGAGAGCCUCCACGUGAAGGACUACAAGUACUGA